CUUGGAAUCCAUACAUUCCUAGUUUCAAUCAAUCGAGAGAUCUAUCUCCAGGUGAUCGUCUGGUCUCCAGCUGGUUUGGAUUGAUGAGAUCAUGGCUUAGUCAAAUCCCACCCCUUUUCCUCGUCGCCCGCCAGCCAACCAGCCAGCCAGUUGAACAGUCGGCCAGUUGGGCGCCCGGAUCCAUCUUCUUAGCUCCGACCCUGGAAUUCGAUUCGACUGGACUUCUUCCGCCUGGCAAUGCGGUAAAUAUUUACGAGCUAUUGGUCGGGUGUCGUUCGUCGUCCCCAUGCGUAAUUGCUCUGUCUCUUGCUGGCCUUGUUGAACACAUCUCUCGCAUCCUCACCAUCCAAUCUUGGUCUCCUACAGCAACACGGUGGUGAAGUUCAUCGUCAAUGGCCCGAUAGGCUGCUGUGAUUUCCAUAAAUUUCCGUCGAUGUGAGUCCCAUCAUCUCCUCCGUCCUCGGACCGCGCACGAGCACGAGCACCUUCGACCA